UAACAAAACUGAAUUUUAAUAAAAUUUCGUAUGUAAUUUUUAAAUAAUCAUACCUUUAUAAACGAACAAAAAGCAUAAUUGUGUGAAACAUCAAGAACAAACUGUAUGAAAUAUUUAUGGUUAUGUUACUGGAGAAGAACUUAAAGACUGGAUAUUAUAUACUCAAUAACGCUACAUACGAGAUGAUGUUGAACAUCAAUGGAAAUCUCAUAACCUCAAACAAAAAGAGAAACUUCCAUGGACAGGAUAUUUAGCAAUGGUUUAUGGAGAUAUGGAUGAACAUGAAGUAGAAAAUCAUGAAAAAUCUAAGGAUAAUACUUUUUCAUAUGUUGCUUUGCUUAAGAAAGAUCGUAGACGUUGGGCAGCUGCAGACCUAGAUGGUGAUGAUGCUCUUACGAAAGAAGAAUUUCUUGCUUUCCUUCAUGCAAAAGAGGCAGAUCAUAUGAAAGAUAUUGUAGUGAUAGAAACAAUGGAAGAUGUUGACAAAGAUGGAGAUGGGAAAGUAUCUCUUUCAGAAUAUAUUGGUGAUAUGUAUGAUGGUGCAGAAGGUGAAGAAGAACCAGAAUGGGUAAAAAAUGAAAAAGAACAAUUUUCUAUGUAUCAGAAUAAAGAUGGCGAUGGUUUCCUGAACUUUGAAGAGGUCAAAACAUGGAUUAUCCUAGCUGACUUUGAUCAUGCAGAAGCAGAAUCUCGACAUCUCAUAUUUGAAGCAGAUGCGGAUGCAGACCAGAAAAUUACUAAAGAUGAAAUAUUGGAAAAAUAUGAUAUUUUUGUUGGUUCUCAAGCAACUGAUUUUGGCGAGGCAUUGGCCAGACAUGACGAAUUUUAAUAAAAUUU